AUGUGGGUAUGUGCCACGUAGAUGUGGGUAUGUUCCACAUAGAUGUGGGUAUGUUCCACAUAGAUGUGGGUAUGUGCCACGUAGAUGUGGGUAUGUGCCACGUAGAUGUGGGUAUGUUCCACAUAGAUGUGGGUAUGUGCCACGUAGAUGUGGGUAUGUGCCACGUAGAUGUGGGUAUGUUCCACAUAGAUGUGGGUAUGUUCCACAUAGAUGUGGAUGUUGGUAUGUGUCACGUAGAUGUUGGUAUGUGCCACGUAGAUGUUGGUAUGUGUCACGUAGAUGUUGGUAUGUGUCACGUAGAUGUUGGUAUGUGUCACGUAGAUGUUGGUAUGUGUCACGUAGAUGUUGGUAUGUGUCACGUAGAUGUUGGUAUGUGUCACGUAGAUGUUGGUAUGUCUCACGUAGAUGUUGGUAUGUGUCACGUAGAUGUUGGUAUGUGUCACGUAGAUGUUGGUAUGUGUCACGUAGAUGUUGGUAUGUGUCACGUAGAUGUUGGUAUCUACUGUUUCGGAUACCUCAGAAAGUAUAAGACCGAUUUCUCUUCUUGUUGUUUCUUCGAACAAAAUGUAAUCAACUGCUGGCUUGCUGGGCCAGUCGCAGUUUAA